AUGGCGUUAUUCACAAAGAAAUCCCAACCUCUUUUGUCUGCUUUCUCCUUCACCUUCAUUUUCCUCCUCCUUGUUCUCCAUCCUCUGGAAUCUACUGGGGUCACAGUUGAUCUCAUACCCCGUGAUGCCUCAAAGACCUAUUUCGAUCGCUUGCAUGAUGCUCUUGAACGAUCCUCAAAACGUUUGAAUCAUUUCAAGUCAGUACUUUCGAACCUCGGAGGAAGCAAAAUCCAGACCCAGAUCGUAUCUGGUGGUGGAUCCUACCUCAUGGACGCAUCCAUAGGAACCCCACCAGCUAGGUUUCGGGGAAUUGCAGAUACAGGUAGUGACCUUGUUUGGACACAGUGCUUACCUUGUACACAAUGUUACAAACAAGACCUUCCCAUCUUUGAUCCUAGGAAAUCCUCAACGUACAAGAAAGUUUCAUGCAAAUCUAGUUCUUGUACGGCCCUUGAAGAAGCCUCAUCAUGCAGUGAAGAUGGAUCAACAUGUGGAUAUAGCUACGCUUAUGGAGAUGGCUCACAAACUUCGGGAGAUCUUUCCACUGAAACAGUGACGAUAGGCAGCAAUAAGUCAGGGUCGUCUUUCAAGAACAUCGCGUUCGGAUGUGCACAUGACAGUUCUGGGACAUUCGAUUCGUCUUCGUCUGGUCUUGUCGGGCUCGGAGGAGGAGCACUCUCGCUUGUUUCUCAGUUGGACGAGAAGAAAUUCUCGUAUUGUUUAGUUCCCAUCUUCUCGAACUCGUCGGGUAAAAUAAGCUUCGGUCGUGAUGCUGUCGUGUCUGGUUCUGGCGCAGUGAAGACUCCUCUGAUAUCAAAAGGCUUCUACUUUCUUACGUUGGAAAGUAUCAGUGUGGGAGACGAGAGAAUUACAUACAAAGGUUCAACAAUUAUAGCUCCUGAUGCAAACGAUGAUACUGAAGGGAACAUUAUUAUCGAUUCAGGGACAACCUUAACUUAUCUGCCGGCUGAGAUGUACAGUGAAGUGUCGUCGGCGGUGGAGAAAGCCAUCGGCGGUAAGAAGAUGGAUCGGAGCGAUUUGGGUUUGAGUCCAUGUUAUUCUUCUAGUGAUGACCUUAAUAUUCCAGAUCUUACAGUACAUUUCAAAGGUGGUGAUGUGAAGUUGGGUCCUUUGAGUUCAUUUGUCCGAGUAGAUGAAGAUGCAGUCUGUUUCACAUUCUCUGAUGCUGGGAGGAACGCUCCUGUUCCUAUAUAUGGGAACUUGGCCCAGAUGAAUUUCCUGGUGGCAUAUGACCUUGACGCCGGUACGGUGUCGUUUUCACCAAAAGACUGCACAAAAUCCUAG